GGGAUUGUGAAAUGAGCGUGCUGAUGGAAACCGGGCGGAGGAGUGCUGUGCGCGUUGGUGCUGAGAUCCAGUUACAACACUGAAUCACAGCGUCAGUGAGGCUUGAGCUCAUUGCUCUGUCUCUGAGUGACUCCCCGAUUGCCAUCGCACCGUGUGAGAGACCUCUGGAGAGAGAUAGACCCACACAACACACACAUACACCAUGGAACUCUGUGGGAUCAUCCUCCUCACCCUGGCGACCAGUGUGAGGGCACAGAUCGAGGUCAGCACAGCAACGGAGAGCCUGUAUUACGUCCACACUCCACAUUCCGAGAACAUCCUGGACAUGUUCAGCAUAAACGAUGUCCCCUUCCUGUUCUACAAUUACGGAACGGGGAUGUUUGUUAUCAAUGGCCAAGUGACGGAUGGGAGCCGGGAGCUGGGCCAGGAGGAAGUGGAUUACUACCGAGAGAGAUCACGGGGCUUCCAAGCACGACUGCGGGGAACGACCACGGAGAUGAUCCGGUUGACAAAUUCCACGGCCAUCGCCAAGAAGAAACCAGUCCUGCACGUCUACACAGAGAGGAACAGUGGCCCGGGACAGUCAGACAUCCUGUACUGUUACGCAGAGAAAUUCUACCCUUUCGAGAUUGAGGUCAGCUUCCUGAUCAAUGGGAGGCCGUUUGUGGGUCAGGUCAACUCAUCCCAGUUGGUGGUGGAGCCGGACUGGACAUUUAACAUCCUGAAGUAUAUCCGAAUGGAGCCGCGCGAUGGGGACACCUACAGCUGCCGGGUGAAUCACAUCAGUCUGCAGCAGCCUCUGACUGAAUCUCUCG